GUUGGUUGGUAGAGUCCGGGACGGAGCAACAUGGCGAUUGACGGAGGGGGGAGAAACUGUGGUGCUCAUGAGCUCAUCUGUGCGAGACGAGCAACAAACUGUCUGUGCAGAGUCCUGACAAUCUGUCGCAUCUCAACGGACAAAAGAACCCCCACCAAGUGCUUCUGAUGAGGUAAUCUAGCGGUCGGGCGCGUGACCCAAUCCCCCGACAUGGCCUUCUUCAAGAGCUUCCAGCCGACCCUGCCGUCUGUCAACAUUUCUUCCAUCCUGGACUCAGUCACCAGCCGUGUGGACGACCUGGCCAACGCGGUCAGCGACGCCACAUAUGCCGUCAGCGACCAGCUCACGGAGCAGGUCACGACUAUCAUCAACAAGGUGCAGGAGGAGGAGGAGGGGGACAACAACAGGGGCCAGGAUGCGGCUCAGGCCUCCGGCUCACAAGAAGGACGGGCCGGUGCCAAAGGCAUGUGGCCGAGAAACUCCGACGCCGGCCAGGCCGGCUCGAGAAAUAACCAAAGCAGCGACGCGACGGAGGGACAGCACUCUCAGAGUCAACUGGAGUGGGAAUGGAGGGAUGGAUGCUGGCGAGUUAAAAAGACAGAAGCCGAGUUGGCAGAGGAAGAGAGGAGGAAGGAGGAGGAACGGGAGAUACAGGAAAGGAGAGAGCAGAGAAGAAAGGAGAGGCGAGAGAGGCAGCUGGAGAGAGAAGCCGAAGCCAAGAGGAACAGAGGGGAAUCCAACGAAGGGGGGAAGGAAGAGGAAGACGAAACCUCUGGAAGGACAGACGACGCAGACGGACAUUUGUCCUUCACAAACGAGAGCGAGGACCAGAUGUCUGCGCGGGAGAAAAGUCAUGACGGUGACAAAAUGUCUCGUUUAGCUGACAGUGAAACGGACAUAAAGACGUCCAAACAGGAGGAGGAGAUAAAAGACGGAGAGGCCAAAGAUCAGACAGAGGAUGGGCAGGAGAGAGAGGCAGACAACGAGGAAGAGGAUGAGCCGUCCGGAGCUUCCUCUAAAGCAAAAAAGAGGAAGUCGGAUAAGAAAAAAGGCAAAGAGAGUUCAAAGAAAGCCGAGGCAGAUGUAGAUGUGGAGAAAAAGAAAGACAAAGGCAAGAAAAGCAAGAAGAAAAGGAAAGGAAAGCAAGAUGGGGUCCUAUCAAACAGCGAAGACGAGAAAAGCCCGGAGGGGGUGACCCAGCAGAACGUAACGUGUGCGUGGAGCAAAGCCAGCGAGCAGGGAGGGUACAGCAGCGAGGCCUCCAGUGAACAGGCUGCCAGCAUUCAGAGGAUAAAGAAAGAUUCCUCCCUAACUGAGCUCCAGCCUCCCCCGUACCAGCACGUGAGCUCGGGGACGCACAAGUCCUCUCGCUCCUGCGCGGAGCGAGGGGUCAGGAGGCCGCCGUCCCCACAGCCCUCCGACAGCCCCCGCUGCUCCAGCGAGGCCAGCAUGGAGCAGGACACCGAGAGCUACCUCAACAAAGGCUGCGAGGAGGACAUUCCCAGUGACAGCACUGCUGUUCUGAGCCCGGAGGACGGCUCCGGCCUCCAGCUUCCCUCGGCCUACGAGCCGGAGCCGCUGGCGCAGUACGGCACGCUGGACGUCGCCUUCGAAUACGACUCCGCCGAGCAGUGGCUGGCCGUCACGGUGACGGCGGCCACCGACAUCCCCGCCCUCAAGCAGACGGGCAACAUCGCGUGGCAGGUCCACCUGGUCCUGCUGCCCACCAAGAAGCAGCGGGCCAAGACGGGCGUGCAGAAGGGCCCGUGUCCCGUCUUCACAGAGACGUUCAAGUUCUCCCGGGUGGAGCAGGAGGCCCUGGGGGACUACGCCGUGCGUUUCCGCCUGUACAGCAUCAGGCGGAUGAAGAAGGAGAAGGUCCUGGGGGAGAAGGUGUUCUACCUGACUAAGCUGAACUUGCAGGGGAAGAUCGCUCUCCCCGUCACCCUGGAGCCUGGCUCUGAACUUACGGGUUGUGGCUCCCUUGUGAGUGUGUCUCGCAGCGCAGGUGCUCUGUCCUACCGCUCCACCGAAGACUCAUCGCUGCCAGAGAUCCUCCUGGGUCUCAUCUAUAACUCUGCCACGGGACAGCUUUCUGCUGAGGUCAUACAAGGGAGUCACUUCAAAACUACGGCGUCCGAGAAACCCGUCAACGGUCUGUUUUGUUGUGUGAAGCACUUCGUAGGGGGACAGCUGUAUAUCAUGAGAGACACCUACGUCAAGCUGACCAUGCUGGACUCCAAGGGCAAGGAGAUGUCCAAGCGCAAGACGGCCAUGUGCCGCGGCCAGCCCAACCCCACCUACAAGGAGACGUUCGUCUUCCAGGUGGCGCUCUUCCAGCUCUCCGAGGUGUCGCUGGUGGUGUCCGUCUUCUGCAGGAGAAGCAGCAUGAAGCCCCGGGAGAGGCUGGGCUGGGUCUCCUUGGGCCACAGCAGCACCACCGAGGAGCAGCAGGCCCACUGGACGGAGAUGAGAGAGGCGGAGGGGCAGCAGGUCUGCCACUGGCACACUCUCACAGACACUUAGGGGACGCCGAGUAAAGACUGGAGCAAAAGUAACGAGCAUUCAAAGCUGCGGAGGAGCAGGAAGCACCUUCUGAGGUGAAGUGGGUUGUGCAUUCGGGCGUGAGGGUCCUCACUGCCAGACUGCAUGGAUACCCUUUAACCAGCCAGGCUGGCUUUGAGCAAAGGACACACUGUUAAACGCUGACACUGUAAUGACUGAGAGCUCGGAAGACGAUUGGUUUUAUACCGAGAGAUUAUUUUUCACAGUGAAACCUGCAUGCAUGCACACACACCCGCCAGGGCCAACGUGAGAAGCGCUUCCCAGAGACAGCUCCAGCCUUUGGAUCCCGGGGCCAAACGAGUUUGGUUUCAGGGCCGCCGGGCUCCUUUCCGAUUCUUUCCGGGCUUCAGCCAUCACCAGCAUACCAGACAUUUCUCUGCCACUGACAAAAAAAAAAAAAAAAAAAAAAAA